CUCGUCACCGCGCCUCGGGACAGCCAUGCCAGGUCGCCUGCUGAGUGGCCUCUGGCAGCGAUGGCGCCGUUAUAAGUAUCGCUUUGUACCCUGGAUCGCGCUGAACCUACGGCACAACCCAAGGACCCUCCGAUAUGUUCCAGAGGAAUCCAAAGACAAAAUUAUCUCAGAUGAAGAUGUCCUAGGAACAUUACUGAAAGUUUUCCAGGCGUUAUUCAUAAAUGAUUUCAAUAAACAUUCAGAUAUCUUGACUAUGCUUCCAGAAUCUGUAAAAUCAAAAUAUCAAGACCUACUGUCAGUUCAACGUCCAAGGGUGAACCUGCUUGAACACAGACAUCAACAGCAAAAUAUCUUUAAGCCAGAAGAAAUUCUUUAUAAGACAUUGGGUUUCAGUAUUGCUCGAGCAACUAGUUCGUUGAUAUCGGCUGGGAAGGGUGUCUUCGUUACAAAAGGCUUGGUACCAAAAGGCGCGGUUGUAUCUAUGUAUCCUGGUACAGUAUAUCAGAAGUAUGAGCCAAUCUUUUUCCAGUCCAUUGGAAACCCAUUUAUUUUUAGAUGCCUGGAUGGGGUACUCAUUGAUGGAAAUGACAAAGGAAUUUCAAAAGUUGUAUACAGAUCUUGCACUGGGAGGGAUCAACUUGGUCCUUUAAAAAUGAGUGAUAGUACAUGGCUAACAUCAGAAAUUCUUAAUCCACUGGCUGUAGGACAAUAUGUCAACAAUUGUUCAAAUGAUAGAGCAGCUAAUGUCUGUUAUCAAGAAUUUGAUGUGCCUACAGUUUUUCCUAUAGAACUGAAGCAAUAUCUUCCAAACAUUGCCUACAGCUAUGACAGACAAAGCCCAAUUCGAUGUGUCGUUCUUGUCGCACUCAGAGACAUCAAACAAGGAGAAGAACUUUUUUCAAACUACUAUACAAUUGUCAGCUAGCUCUGUGAAUUAGAAAUUAGCUUUGGCACUUCAGGGUGAGUUAAUUCUGAAUGUUUUUAUUACUCAUUUCUCUGGAUUCCACCUGUAGAAAAGUAUUUUGAAACCUAAUUGGAGUGAGAAUUUUUUUUAUUGAUAUAUUUAUGCUUCAAUUUUGAUAAGACAUUUGCUCCAUUAAAAUUUCAAAUGAAAUUCCAGUUUUAAUUGGUUUUCACUUAAAUACAUUAUAGUUUUUAAAUUAAAACCUACU